AAAAUGCUCGUAACUUGCUGAAUUCUUGACGGAUUUACAAACGGGUUGGUGUAUUACAAAGUUUGUACAGAACAAAUACAAAGCUUCAAUGAAAAUCGGUUCGUUUUUUUGACAUACGCUUCGGAGCUUCGGUGUCACUGAACUUCUGAUUACGCUUGUGGAAAAUGCCUGAUUUUUGUGCUGCCUACGGCUGCACCAACGAACGGAGCCUCCAAACCAGAACGCGUGGGAUCACCUUUCACAAGUUUCCCAAAUGUAGCGAGCGCCGGAGACAGUGGGAGCGUGCCCUGAGAAGGGAAGGUUUUGUGGCUAAUGACAGAACACUGCUCUGCAGUGAACACUUCAGAAAUGAAGAUUUCGACAGGACAGGGCAGACUGUCAGAUUGAAAGCUGGAGCUGUUCCAUCUGUCUUCAACUUCUCUGCUCAUCUUCAGAGGCCGGUAGCACCAACAAGCACAAACGCUUCAAGAAAAGCAGGAGAAAACCAGCCCAUGUACCCCGAGCAGGAUCAAUCUCCACCUGAUGUUCCACAGACAUCCACUAGAGAGAGGCAAAGGAGUCGGAAGAGGAAGGCCCCUGACCACCAAUAUGCAAUGCCUUCCUCUCCAAAGGCUCUUAAGGCCAAACUUGAUGCAGCCAUGGCCACAGUGCGUAAAAUGUGGCGGGAAAAGAGCAAUGCCUUGGCAAGGGUAAGGAGGGCCAAGAAGAACAUGAAGGCUCUUCUGGAGGAGCUGAAAGCUAAGAACCUCAUCAAUGAAGAGCUGAAUGACAAGCUGGAAUGCUACUCAGAUCUUCCGGUUCACCUCCUGUCAAGACAGGGUGCAGAGUACACCCAGGCCCAGAGAGACUUUGCGCUCACUCUCCACCUGCAUGGUCCUAAGGCGUAUCACUACCUGAGAGACGACCUGAAAAUUCACCUUCCACAUCCCAGUUCCUUGAAAAGGUAUUCUUCGUCUCUAAUUUCAACUACAGUAACAACUUCAGCUACGAAAAGCAAUGUGACAGCACAGGAUGACACAGAGUCCCUACCAGCUGAUCAGUCUGCUGUUUAGUCCUACCGCAUAGACACAUCUACCAACCUGUCGGCUGUAGAAAUGUCCUCUGCAGAAGGAGAAGAUCUCCCUUCCCCGUUUGCAGACAUUCCUGCCCUUGUACAAGACCACAGCUAUCUUCCCAAGAAGUUUGAUGGUCUUGUGGAAAAUGUGCUUGUGUACAUUUCAGGAUUUGUGGUGCGACGCACACUAAAAAAGCUUUCCUGUGAUGUCGGCCGGGCAAGCCUGUUGAUGGAUGCUGAAUCUGCCAGUAAGGACCAGAGCUACCAUCUGCUGACGCUGAAAAACAAUGGAGGGCUUGUCAUCCCAUCAGCAGGCACCGUGAAGGUCGUCAGGGCAGCAGAGUGGGUUGUUCGGCAGGCAGUAGCAGAUUCCAGGAGAUCGCAACCCAUCAAACUGUUGGAGGUCCUCUACAUGGUGAGGAAGAGGAUAGGUGGAGAGGAUGUGUUUUUGCUCGGGGAGCACAUCACUGACACGCGAUAUGGCAUUGACAGUCACCACCAUACACUCUUGACUCUGGUUGUGUCCCUCUUCUUCAAGCUAAGGCUGCACCACAUUGCGAAAAUGUCAACGCUUAGCUUGCAGAAAGACAGUGUGAGACAGACGCUCACAAAAACUGUCCUUUUCAAAGGGCAGUAGCGUAAACUAUUUGUGCACUUAAAGGAUGGGUUUUCAACUGGUGGUCUGUUUAGUUUGCUACUCUUCUUUGAUGUUUGCAUGUGAAUGAGUGGUGUAUGAGUGUGUGCGUGAAUGGGUGAAUGUGGGGCUUUGUAAAGCGCUUUGGGCACCAAGACGGUGUAGAAAAGCGCUAUGUAAGUUCAGACCAUUUAAGAGAGAGGAGGAGAGGGAGGGAGCUGUAUUGAUUAUAUUGUAUUGAUGGAAAGAGUUUUGUGUCCAAUUGUGUCUUAAUGUUUUUUUUUUUUGUAUAUUUUGUAUAUUUUUUUGUAAGUUUUUUCUAAUUGUGUGCCUUUGGACCUAAGUAAAAAAAAAAAGACCCAUCUCUUUUCUCUUUAUUUUACAGAAUGGCAACUUGAGACAGAUUUAUAUUAUACAUACAUUUACACAUGUAUUUAAUAAUGUUAAUAUUAGUAAUAAACUAAAUUGCACUAUUUCAUGUUUCAUGUACCUUAUAAAUAUUGACAUCAUUACUGUGUGUGUGUUUAUGGGUAUACCUAGUACUUUACCGGUCUAGUCUGCUUAAUAUACUAUUUUCUUAAUAAACUCCGUGGCUAUAAUUUUUCACAAGUAUGCAGUUAAAUAGCCGCAUCCCUGACGUUUAUGACACACCAAGCCGUUUGAAAAUCGGUGGAAAAUUGAGCAAAAUAAAGUUAUUUCAGCACUACAUGCACAAUAGACUUUAAUGUUAUAACUGGACGAGCGGUCCUGUCCUAAGAUGGCCGCCGUGUGACGUCGUCGGGUCCCAUUGGCUCUCAGCGGAAGUGACGAAACAACAAGAACACAACAACCGAUUGCUCUUCUCGUUUUGUUUAUUAUCCGAGGGUCCGACUGUAACGAUAUGGCCACCUGGAAUGAACAACGCGAAGACCAGCUGAUCGCUUUGAUUCAGGAACGGCCAGCUCUGUACAACGUCACAGAAAAAUGUUACGCCAGCCGAGGACAUAGAGCAGAACUCUGGCGCGAGGUCGAGCAGACGCUUGGCAUAUCAGAAAAGGAACUAAGGAAGAGGUGGGAUUCCCUGCGAACACAGUACUCACGGUACAAGAAAGCUGUGCCAACAGGAAGUGUCGAUGCUCCCAAGACUGGCAGACAGCAAUGGAUCCUGAACCAGUUACAGUUCUUAGAGCCUCAUAUGAAAAGGAGGGAGAUCACUUCAAAACCAAAUUUUAUGGAACCACUGGCUUUUGAUGAUUCCUGUUCACUCUCACCCAUAACCAGCAAUGACACCUGGAACAGCAACCCUGAAGAGCCCAACUUGUUUGAAGCUGAGUCAAAGCCAAGCAGUCCCCUACCAGAAUCCGCCAUCUGCGGAGAAGCAUCCGCGCCGAUCAAAGAAGAGCCUGUGCCCUGCACCUUCAGACAGCCAAGCAUCCCGCGGCCUCGAGUGAAGCGCAGAAGGAAGAUGCUAAACGCGUCCACCAAUGAGAAGUCUGCAAACUUGUUGCACAACCUUAGUAAAAUCCUGGAAAGGUUGGCUCCUCAGGAAGAGUGCAGUGAUGAUGUGAUUUCUACAUACUGCAAAAGCAUUGAGCAGAGAAUGCGGAAACUUCCCCCACAUUUACUGCCGCAUUUCAUGCACGAGGUGGACAACAGCAUUUUUCGGUAUCAAGUUUUACAGUCCAGCAGUGAGCAUACUCCAAACACUCAGCCGUCUGAAAUCCAACCUUUGCAACCAACAUCUACAAGCAGGAAUUUGUAAAUAACUACUGUGGACCAGCACCAUUAGAACAAUUGUGUGCUUUAUGGGCACUGGAAAACAAAAAAUAUAUAAACACAUGGAUCUGAUUUUGUAUGUUUGAUCCAUAGUAACUUGUAUUAGGCAUUAUAUACACAAAUUAAAAUGUGUUGUGGUUUGUUUUUUGCAUAAGUGAAGGUAUAAAUGCGUUGUCUUUCUGUGAAAGCCCUGUGAUGCAGCUGGCAGCAUCUCCAACGUGUUUCGGAUAAGAAGUCUCCAGCAUGUGACCCUACAUUGGAUAAGGAUGUGGGAAAUUGAUGGAAUCCUUUUAAGGAUUUUAUUUGUUCUGAAUACAAAUUUUAAAGUUAUUAAUAAAUAAACACAAAUUUUAACUGAUUUAUAUAUACUGUCUAUGAAGUUAUUGAUAAAACAAUGAUUGUGAUAGUGAACAAGAGUCCCUGCCCCUCGUUCUCCCUGUUAAUUAUUCAUCAUUAGUUUAUUCCCCUCACCUGUUUCCCCUUGUUAUCUUGUUUAGUUUUUCUUAUUUAAUCCCUUUGUGUCCAUAGUCCUGUGCUGGAUCAUUUUGUACUAUUCGUGUGUUUCAAGUCAUGUGUUUUUCAGUUUAAAUGUCGAGUCAAGUUUAGUGUAAAGUUUGUCUUUGUGAAAACCUUGUUUAAUUUUGUUUGCCCCCACGUGGGCUUUUGUUUUCCUUGUCUUUGAAUAAAGUGUUUUCUGUUUACCCCGA